AUGAACAAUCCAAAGAGACCUGUGGCUAUUCAGUCCGGCGGGAAUGGAGUUACCGGUACUCCUGGGGACGAUUCGACUGUCGAGGAUGAUUCGACCCUGGAGAAGUUUCUCUCGAAGCAGAGGAGAGAGUUUCUGAAAGAUCUAGACGAUGGGAAGGGAGAUCAAUGGCAGGUUGUCAUGGGUAACGAAGCUGGUGACCUCGACUCUCUAGCUUCCUCAAUUUCCUACGCCUACCUCUCGUCCACUUUUUUCUCUCGUUCCACUAUCCCUCUUGUCCUGACCGCACCUGAACACAUGUCUCUUCGUCUCGAAAACCUCCACGCUCUACAGCUCGCCUCCCUUUCCCCUUCUGUUCUCCUACACUCAUCCCAACUCCCUUGCCCUCCUGCCGACCUAACCGCAAGAGGGGUCCACUUCGUUCUAGUGGAUCAUAACUCACUCUUACCUCAAUUUGGACCUGGUGCAGUGGAUGUGAUCAUUGACCACCACGUGGAUGAGGGCAACCACCCGAGCGCGCAACGACUCAUCACUACCACGGGCAGUUGUUCAAGUCUCGUGAUCAAAUAUUUCCGCCGGCCAUGGCAAGAUCACAUCUCGAUUUCAGAUGACAAGGGUCAGGACGCAAAAUUGGUGGACACGGGAGUAGCUACUUUGUUACUUGCUGCCAUGGUGAUUGAUACGAGUGGUCUACGACCCGGGGGUAAAGCCACUCGGAUCGAUAAUGAAUCAGCGGCUUUUCUCUACCCACUUACUUCCCUGUCCGCACCAUCACCUUUUGGCUCUCAUCCUAAUAUCGGUACCAACCCUCCAAUUCCACUGACGAAGUUGACUAACGAUCUCACCCAAGCCAAAUUCAAUGUGUCACAUCUGUCCACCCCCGAACUCCUGUUGAGGGAUUAUAAGGAAUACGUUCUUCCCACGUCCGCAAAAACGUAUCCCACUCUUCGUCUAGGUCUUUCGACUGUACCUCUGGGUCUGGAGACCUGGCUCGAUCGGGACACUCACGGUUGGAAACCUUUUCUCCUUGCUGUAGAUGAUUACAUGGAAGAGAAACAACUCAACAUCUUGGGGAUACUCACCACGUUCAGAGACGAUAAAGAUAAGUCUAGACGAGAGAUUUUAUUGAUCGUUGGGCCCGGAAAGGGUUUACCAGAGAGGGAGGAACAAAAAGUGAUAGUGGAACUCGCGAAGGGGAUGGAGGAGAGUGGUGAGGUAUUAGAUCUUGGUGCUUGGGGUAGUAAAAAAGGAGUGAAGGACUUUUUGGAGAAGGGAGACGGAAGAGUAGGGAGGGUUUGGCAACAGAGAAAUACGAAAUCAACCAGGAAACAGGUCGCGCCGAUCUUAGUGAGUGCUCAUACUUGA